AUGCCAGACGAAGUGAAACACUCACUUCAACAUGAGGAGGAAGCCGUUUCCACGGAGAAAGGGAUGAGCAACCGAGUGGCUGCCGCGCAGCAAAUGAGCUCAGAGGAGUUUGCUGCUGCCGAGAAGAGCUUGAAGCGUAAGCUUGAUGCCCGCCUCCUGCUUUCUGUGUGGAUUAUGUUUGUGAUGAACUACCUUGACCGAAACAAUAUCGCUGCGGCCAAAGUUGCUGGCACCGCUCAGUCACUGCACAUGACAAGCGAACAAUAUGCUACCGCAGUGGCUAUUCUAUUCGCCGGCUACGUGCUAAUGCAACUACCGUCGAACGUCUUUCUAGCUCAAAUGCGUCCAUCUUGGUACCUCCCAGGCGUUAUGAUGAUCUGGGGUAUGCUUUCGGCCCUAGUCGGUGUGACCCACAACCAUGGGGGGUUGUACGCCCUCCGUUUUCUUCUUGGCUUUGUGGAAGCUGCGUUCUACCCCGGCGCAUUAUUCUUAAUCUCAUCAUGGUACCGGCGUGACGAGAUGGGUGUGCGCAGCGCAUUCUUGUUCUCUGGGUCUCAGCUGGGUAGUGCGUUUUCUGGCCUCAUCGCAGCGGGCAUUGAGAGCGGCAUGAACGGAGUACGUGGCCUCGAGUCAUGGCGUUGGAUUUUCAUCAUAGAAGGCUCAGUAACUGUGUUUAUUGCCUUUUGUGCCGCAUUCACUCUACCUGACUGGCCCAGUAAUACACGAUGGCUCAGCCCGACGGAGCGCGCAGUUGCUGAGUGGCGCCUUAUUGCUGAUGCCGGCCAGGUUGAUGAAGACGAUGGACGGUGGAGCUACGGGUUUAAACGUGCCUUGGCUGAUUGGCGAUUAUAUAUCUUUGCUUUGACCUUCCUCUGCAUACAAGUAGCGAGCGCCACGUCCAACUUCUUCCCGUCCGUCGUUCAGACGUUAGGCUUCAACCGCGUCGAUACGCUUCUACUGACCGCCCCGCCCUACAUUCUGGCGCUGCUGAUUUCGAUAGGCAAUAACUGGUCGGCCGACCGACUCCAGAACUCUUCUUAUCAUAUCAUCUGGCCACUGGUCUUAGCCAUUGUUGGAUUUGUCAUCGCUGCUGCUACACUCAAUACAGGUGCACGAUACUUUGCCAUGAUCGCCAUGGUGGCAGGGGGGCACGGGUCAAACGCCGUGCUUCUUGCAUGGGUUCAAAAGACAAUGCUUCGGCCUCGCAUAAAACGUGCAUCAGCUGUAGCCUUUGUUAAUGCAGUGGGCAAUCUAUCUCAAAUCUUCUCCUCCUACCUAUACCCAGACAACUCGGCGCCGUGA